AGCAAUGAUGAUCUUUUCCCUUUUGUCAAAAGGAAAGAAGAUUUCUACUUUAUCGUCUAGUUGUUUGGAUUUGAGGCGCACUCAAAGAGAUCCGCUCGUCCUGCCCAGUGCGCGCUCCCGACGCAGAGGGGAAUCAAACCCUGCCGGGGAUAAAACCGCCUGGCGCGGCGCGCAAAGCUCACGGUCCGCUGCCGCUCAUCGGUGAACUGCCACGGCGCGUUUUGUGCUCAGGAAGAGUUCCACGGAGAUCCUAUCACGUCAUCCACGCACUUUUCAUUUCAGUUUAACAGAGAAAACAGGCAGCCAAAGGGAGGACACUAAAGUUACCGCGGAAUGACAGCUGAGCGAUGAACAGAGGGAUAUUCCCCACUGAUGGCGGUGAUGGAGAACACAACAUGGCCAUACCCCUCAUACGUCCCCCAUUAUCUCCUGCGUGGUGACCCUUUUGCUUCGAGGCUAUCCAAAGAGGCGGACAUUAUAGCAGCAUUUUACAUCUGCAUUAUAGGAAUCCUGUCUGCUACAGGGAAUGGUUACGUCAUUUACACGACCAUCAGACGGAAGACCAAACUGAAGCCUCCUGAGCUCAUGACUGUUAACCUGGCCAUCUUUGAUUUUGGCAUAUCAGUGGCGGGAAAGCCCUUUUUUGUUGUGUCCAGCUUCUCCCACCGCUGGUUGUUCGGCUGGGAGGGCUGUCAGUUCUACGGCUGGGCGGGCUUCUUCUUCGGCUGUGGGAGUCUCAUCACCAUGACUGUAGUGAGCCUGGACCGCUACCUGAAGAUCUGCCAUCUCCGAUAUGGCACAUGGUUAAAACGCCAGCACACCUUUAUAUGCUUGGCCUUUGUAUGGGCGUAUGCUGCCUUCUGGGCCACCAUGCCACUGGUUGGCUGGGGCCACUAUGCUCCAGAGCCCUUUGGAACCUCAUGCACCCUGGACUGGUGGCUCGCACAAGCCUCUGUGUCAGGCCAAAGCUUUGUAAUGGCUAUCCUGUUCUUCUGCCUCAUCCUCCCUGCUGGCAUAAUUGUCUUCUCCUAUGUCAUGAUCAUUUUUAAAGUGAAGUCAUCUUCGAGGGAAAUUUCACACUACGAUGCCCGCAUCAGAAACAACCACCACCUCGAGAUGAAACUCACAAAGGUGGCAAUGCUGAUUUGUGCAGGCUUUUUGAUUGCCUGGAUUCCCUACGCCGUGGUUUCAGUGGUGUCAGCGUUUGGGGAGCCAGACUCCGUACCCAUCCCCGUGUCUGUCAUUCCCACAUUGCUAGCCAAGUCCUCAGCGAUGUACAAUCCAAUCAUCUACCAACUUGUGGAUCUGAAAAAUUCCUGCUCAUCCUGCUGUAUCAAGGUCAUGAAGAAACGGAGGCAUUUCAGGAAGUCAAGGUUAUACACAAUCUCGGGCUCAGUGAAGGACACAGCACCGGCCAAAGAAGCUCACAUUGAGAUGUAAAGCAAACAGUUGAGACUGUGUGAUCUUUACCUGUUGUACCAUGGACAUCUUGCCUUGUUCCCCGCCUGCUGUGCCCUAUACCUAACCGAUCACAUGCUGCCUGCAGUCACAUCAUCUUCUGCUCACCUUUGCUGCUGGUUCCUGGAUAUUGCAGCUCCCUUUCCUCACUGAAUACCAACCCUUUACGUAGCUUGCUACCUCCUUGUGAUUAUACUACUUUAUCCUCACAAGGACUUCCUAUAUCUGUAGUGUACACUGGUUUAAACAUACAGAUCACAUGUUGUGUAAACAUUUUGAUUUUUCACCUCCAGUAUUAGACUUUGCAAUAAAAUGCCUGACACAGGAAUGGGAAAUUGAGAGUUUUCCAAUACAAGUCACAAUUUAAGUUAAAAUGUCUUUGUAUAAAAUGUAGUGACAAAUCAAUAAUUUGGCAUGUUUGACAUUUUUAGCUGAACUGGAAAUUACAAUUUCAAAGAAAAAACUAUUAUUAUGUUAUUAUUUUUUGCUGUUUGUACAGGCUGUUGGUGUUUGUAGUUUUACACUUGUGUGUUUUGGUGAAUUUAUAUGUAUUGGACAAAGCACUGGAUCACAUUAUCUCACUAGUAAAGGGCACUGACAGAGAGAUCUUUCAAUUAUUUGGGUACUGGAAAUCCAUACCACAAAAAGUUGAGCAUAUAUUGUUUGACAGCAUUGAUAAAAAAAAGACAUGAGGUCAAUAAUUCAAUGUAUAGCUAUUUCCAAGAAAACACAUAAACAGUAUAAAAGCACUUUAUUUUGCAAACCAUUCAGAAUGCACUGAUGAUUGUUGUCAUAGUUUUGUAUCUGGUCAAUUGUUGCAGAAAAUGGUUGCAUUAAUCUAAAGACAACAAAAUACAUAAAUUCCUACAAGAACAUACAAUUCAAGAAAGAGUUAAAGUUAAUUCAGGGAUGACUAAAAUGUAUUUAUUUUUGCUAUAUAUUUUCUAGUUUUUUUGGGGUGGGGUGGGGCCAUAUCUCUAAGAAUGAAAGUUUUUGUCUUUUCUUUCAUAAUCCACAAAGUGUGCAUUUCUGUUUUGCCAAGAGUUUGUGUGGUAUAAACUGAGCAA